UGCUUUUUCGAUUUUAGCCCUUUCUUUGCCCACUCCCCCUCUCGCUCCUUUAAUCUCCUUGUAAAUUUCCUAUUAGUCAUUUCUGGGAAAUGGCUGAAUCUUUCUCGUCAAGAUUAUCAAAAGAAUUCACUCUUAAACGACUUACAUUUUGGAUUUUUUUGGUUCGGAUCUCAUAUAGGUUUAUUCAUUCUCGGAUUCUUUUUGCAAAAGGAUGACAGAUCUUUAGACAACCUUAAUGUUAUCGGUUUCUCUGUAUGGACUUCUCGUGGUGCUGGUUUAUGUCUUGCUUAUGAUGGUGCUCUCAUCCUCUUACCCGUCUGCAGAAAUAUUAUAAGAUAUUUACGUGCUCUAAGUUUUUUAAAUAAAAUUAUUCCAUUUGAUGAAAAUCUUUGGUUCCAUCGUCAAACCGCAUAUUCCAUGCUCUUUUGGACUUUAGUACAUACUUUUGCUCAUUAUAUUAACUUUUGGAAAUUGGAACAGUUUGGAUUGUUUCAAGCUUGGCAACUUCACUAUACUACUUGGGCUGGCCUUACUGGUCAUUUUAUGUUACUUAUUAUGGUUCUAAUGUAUACCUCUGCUCACCAUAAUAUGCGUCACCAAUCUUUCGAAACUUUUUGGUACACUCAUCACCUUGCCUUCUUCUUCAUGCUUUGUUUAUAUCUUCAUGGUCAUGGUUGUUUUGUAAAAACUGCUCAAGGUGUAUGUAAAGGUUAUUUUUCAUGGCGAUACACUACAACUGGUGGUAUUAUAUACUUCCUUGAGCGUAUCUUACGUGAAAUCCGUGCUCGUCAACCAACUCAAAUUACAAAAGUCAUUGCCCAUCCAUCAAAAGCCAUUGAAAUUCAAUUUGAUAAACCUUCUUUCCGUUAUAAGGCCGGUCAAUACUUAUUCUUAAACGUACCUGCUAUUUCAACAUGGCAAUGGCAUCCAUUCACAAUCACUUCUGCUCCCGAUGAUCCUUUUGUUUCUGUCCAUGUUCGUCUAGUUGGUGAUUUCACUAAUAAACUUGGUGAAUUUCUUGGUUGUGAUUCUAAUUCUGAUAAAAAAUUUGCUCCCGCUGUUUUACCUACUCUCCGUAUUGAUGGCCCUUAUGGUGCUCCUGCUGAGGAUGUAUUUAAAAAUGAGAUUGCCAUUUUAAUAGGUUGUGGUAUAGGUGUUACUCCUUUUGCUUCUAUCCUCAAAAAUAUCUGGCAUCAACAACAAAAAAGGGGCUUAUUAAAAUUAAAAAGGGUGGAGUUCUUUUGGAUAUGUCGUGAAACUGGCUCGUUUGAAUGGUUUCAAUCCUUACUGAAAACUUUAGAAGCUACCCAAAUGGAAGCUGGUUUCCUAAAAUUCCACAUUUAUCUGACUUCAAAACUUAGAGAAUCCACAAUAAAUAAUAUAAUAAUUAAUGACGUAUCUGGUUCAUAUGAUCCAUUAACAGAUUUGGAAAGCAGAACGCAUUAUGGUAGACCAAACUUUAGUCAUAUAUUUAGUCAAUUGAAUAGAGCGAUUGAGAGUGGUCGUUACAUACCGGGCAAAGAAGGUGAUUUAAAUACUAACGUGGGUGUAUAUUAUUGUGGUCCUCCCGCGUUGGCUAAAAGUUUGAAAAAAAGAUUGCGAAUCUGCAAAUACCGAAGGUAUAAACUUCCACUUCCAUAA